AUGGUUUUCGCUGCGCUUUAUCGCGUCUACGCGGGCUUCGUUCAUCCCCCACAAGCUCGAAAACAGGAUGAUGCCAUUCGAUUCGGACUUCUCGGAGCAUCCAAUAUCGCCCCCGCCGCUUUAAUCACACCGGCAAAGUCCCAUCCAGAAGUCAUCGUCGCAGCCGUUGCAGCUCGGGAUCGCAACCGCGCAGAGGCUUAUGCCAAGAAGCACGGUAUUCCAAUUGUACAUUCCUCCUACGAAGAUCUGCUGAAUGACCCCAGCAUUGAUGCCGUCUACAUUGCUCUUCCCAACAGCUUGCAUUUUGAAUGGGCUUUACGCGCAAUCAAAGCCCGGAAGCACGUUCUUCUAGAGAAACCAUCGUGCUCAAAUGGAGAAGAGGCAAAGGCGCUUUUCAAUCACCCCUUGGUCAAGGCGCAUAAUGCUCCCGUUCUCCUGGAAGCAUUUCAUUACCUCUUUCAUCCGGCAUGGCAGAUGUUCAUGUCGCUCAUCCACGAUGAUGCUUUGGCCGGGCCGGUGAAACAUGCACAUGCACAGCAAUAUCUUUUUAAAGGGGUCAUUCCGGCUGAUGAUAUCCGCUGGCGGUAUGAUCUUGCAGGUGGUGCGAUGAUGGACUUUGGGACGUAUACGGUGAGCUGUUUGCGGCAGAUUAUGCGCGAGGAACCCAGCGAGGUGGUUGAGACGCAUUGGAGGGCUGUUCCACAGUCGCAGUCUGAUCGGGAUGAUGGGCAGCAGAUUGAUCAAGCUAUGAAUGCGACGUAUAGGACUAGCAAUGGUGCCACUGGGACUAUUAUUGCUGACUUGGUCACAUCUGGGAAUUGGCCGUUGCUGCCUGCGUCUUGGACGAAGAGUCUGCCAAGUAUUGGCUGGCCGAAAUGCGAGGCUGAACUUGGUGAGAAGGAGGUAGAAUCAUUUGGGAGUGCUGACAAUGAGAAGCAUUUUGUCAAGCGGAAGGUGACGUUGUGGAAUCAUCUUGCGCCGAGUGUGUAUCACCGGAUUGAUGUGGAGGAUACUCACAGUAUCCGUCGGGAUGGGGCUUUGCUGAGGACAUGGACAGAGUCACGAAAGUUGAAGUCGUACUCCUGGCCUUCUGAUGAUAAGCAAAAGCCAGCCGGUGAAGACUGGUGGUCAACUUAUCACUGUCAGUUGCACGAGUUCGUGAACAGGAUCAAGGGGCGUGAGGGCUCUGGAGUCUGGGUUGAUGGCGAUGACAGUAUCAAACAGAUGGAGGUCAUAGAUCGAACAUACGAAAAGGCCGGUAUGAAGAAACGGCCAACAAGCAAUUUUGAGCUGUUGGUUUGA